UAUUGCCAGUUUAACCUGCCUUACCGAGCGUUUACCAUUACUCUGUUGGAUUACCUGUUGCUGUCUCGCUUUGUUUCUGGAUUAUUGAGUUUACGGAUUACCCUUUGGAUUUGUUUGCCUGUAUGGACUGCUUACAAGGUUUGACGCAUUUCUGCCUCUGACUAUCGCUUUCUGGACUACCCCUGUUGCUACGUUCGUUAUAUUGGACUGAUUUCCCGGCAUCUGACCCACUGCCUCGAUUUACCUCUCUGCCGUUCGGAUUACGUUUGUGUUGUGUUGCUAUUGGAUUGCCUUUCCGGUUAUUGACCCUCUGCCUGUUUAUUUGUACACCUCUGCUGUUAAUAAACUUCCGCAUAUGGUUUCUACUUCCGCCUCAGCGUCCUCGUUACAGUGUGCAUUCCAGGCUUUUGUUGUUUAUACUUAUGUAAUGUGUGAAUAUUCUACAUUAGCAGUGAUGGCUUAUGACAGACAUGUGGCUAUAUGUCGACCUUUAGACUAUCACUCAAAGAUGAACAAAUUUUCAUGCAGCAUAUUACUUGGCUUAUGUUGGGUCGUACCAUUUCUUACUAUGUUCUUUGCAGUUUUCCUGUCAACUAGGUUGGUACCAUGUAGAAGUCAAAUUGAGAAAUUGUAUUGUGACAACUGGUCAAUAGUAAAACUCUCAUGUGAGUCAACUGUCAUCAAUAACAUUUAUGGAUUUAUUUUUAUUUCAUUGUAUUUUGCGCUUGUGCUUGUAAUUAUGAUGUCCUAUAUAAAACUUAUCAUGGCAUGUAAAGCAUCAUUAGAAUGCAGAAGGAAAUUUUGGCAGACAUGUGUGCCUCAUUUACUUUCAUUGAUAAAUCUGACUGUUGCAAUACUUUUUGAUACCAUCUAUAACAGAUAUGGAUCAAGUGAUUUCCCUGUAAUCUUGCGUAAUUUUUUGGCUUUAGAGAUGAUUGUAGUGCCACCUCUUUUUAAUCCUGUAAUCUAUGGCUUAAAACUAGCAGAAGUUCGCAAACGAAUCUUAAAUUUAUGCAUGAAUUGUACCAAAAAUAACAAAGUAUGA